GUCACGUGACGUGCGGAGCGACUCCAUCCAUGGAGGUGUCUCGAAUGUAAACAGCGGUCAGAGGACAGGUUGAAGCUUCUAAGCUUAUUCUUCUUAUUCAACCUCUGUCAUGCGCUUCCGUUUUACCGCUUAAUAGCCGACAGAUUAGCGGCUUUCACAGUCUCUCGUAGCCGUAGAUUUUCAUGCCAAUCCUUCCCCAGCCUCGUGCGGCUGUGCAUGUGUGUUUGAUACACAUAUAUUUAUGUGUGAUUCGUUUCAGCUGCGCGGUAUGAAGCUGUUCAGCAGAGCGGCGAAGCUCGCUCUCAGCCAGAGGGGCUCCAACCCGAGACACUUCUGGGGCUGGCUCAACGCCGUGUUCAACAAGGUGGACUAUGAGAGGAUCAAAGCCGUCGGUCCAGACCGGGCUGCGGCUGAGUGGCUGUUGAGGUGUGGCGCCAAAGUGAGGUUCCAGGGCUUUGAACGGUUCCACCAUGACUACAAUGGCCUCCCGACUGGACCUCUGGGGAAGUUCAAGAUCCAGGCAAUCGAUGCUUCCGAGUCCUGCAUCAUGUUCAAAGGCUUUGACCACCUGGAUGGUUUGGAGCAUGUGGAGGAGAUCAAGUUUAACAAGUGCAUUUACAUUGAGGACGCAUGUCUGGAGAGGCUGAGCUCAAUUCAGAACCUGCAGGAGAGUUUGUACAUGAUGGAGGUGGUGUCAUGUGGCAACGUGACGGACAAGGGAAUCAUCGCUCUGCAUCAACUCAAAAAUCUGGAGUAUCUUUUCCUGAGUGACCUUCCAGGGAUCAGAGACAAACAGACGACCGCUGACAGAUUACAGACCGCCCUUCCUCGCCUGGACUUGGUACUGGACCUGGAAUGAGUAAAUACCUCGGUGGUUGCAAAAUAAUUUAUACAGUCUAGAUUUGAAAACGUGUGGAUCAUGCUGUUUGCACUUCCUGUCAGCAUGAAUGAAAGUAGAAGGUGAUUUUUAAAUGGUUGUGUUCUGUGUUUUGCUCGUAGAACUGUGUGGAAAAACCCUGUGCUUUGCUUACAAAUAGCAUUUCGCUCGUCCAACAAAAAUGGCAUCUGUACUUCGUCUUGCCAUGAGUGGGACCUGGUCGCAGGGGCAGCAGCGGGAAGAAAGAAUCCCGGAUCUCCCACUCCCCAGAGAGCACGUACAGCAAUACCACUCUAUUCCACUGGGGAGCGCUGUUUAAUUUCCGUUGUGGGGCGCUUCCUAAUACCUGACUAAAUGAAGAAGAACACUGUGAUGUCAGAAAGUACGUUUAAAAUUCAAACACAUUUUAUCUUGUUUCAUACAAUCGUAUCUGUGGCAAACGUGCUGAUUUGAAAAAUAAAAAUGCUUGUAAAAGGUGUGUUUAUCGGAUCAAAUAUCUGUUUCUUUCUUUUUUUCUUAUUUUCAGCGGGUUUUGUGGUUGUAACGAAAAGCAAUUUCCCCCCCGAUUAAUAAAGUGAU